AUGUGCUCUCAAGUAACUGCUACAUCAUGUGCUCGCAAAGGCUGUAAAUAUCCAGUCACAGAGGAAGUGAUAUUCUGUUCUACUUGCAAGGGUGCUUUCCACCCCACCUGCUCUGACUUAACGCCUGAGGCAUUUAAACUCUCCUCAAAGGCCGGGCAUGCAUGGCAAUGCCAGAAUUGUGUAAAGUCACACCCAACUGGGGAUCCUGUACAAACCGAUGCAUCCCACCAUAUCAUCACAUACAUUACAAGCAAUCCGAAUAAACUGCGUGAAACGCUGGAAAUUCUGGGUGAAAGCUAUACCCCCUUGUUCAAAUGCCUUGAAAUCGAUUUGCCGGAGUAUCAAGGCACUGCCGAGGACAUUGCGAUUUCAAAGUGCCGCUUUGCUGCUGAGCGUGUUGACGGUCCGGUCCUUGUUGAAGACACAGGCCUUGGUUUUGACGCAUUCAAGGGUCUCCCAGGUCCCUAUAUAAAAUGGUUCCUAAAGUCUGUGGGUGCUGAA